AUGUUGCAAAACUUCGAUUUAAAAUCUACACUCACUAUAUUUUUGGACAAAAAAAAAAUACAACAAACUCUAUUUAUCUUUAAGGUUAAAAUUGAUCAACAAGUACUUGAUAAUCAAAUACGUCCAUUUAAUGUUUUUCUUCAUCAUUUACUUGAACAGUUAGAACAAAUUGAUGAGUAUCAUUAUUUUGCAAAUCCAGUUGAUGAAACUGAAGUUCCAACUUAUUAUAAAUUUAUAACACAUCCAAUGGAUUUUUUAACAAUAAAGAAAAAAAUUGAUCGAGAUGAAUAUAAUAAUUUAGAUCAAUUUGAAAAUGAUUUUGGUUUAAUUGUUAAAAAUUGUCAUUUUUUUAAUGAAGCUAAAUCAGCAUACUAUAAAGCAGCAACAAGAUUACGUGAUAAAGGUUUAAAUUUACUCAAACAAGCUCGACGAGUUUAUGAAACAACACGUUAUGAUCCAAACACUGGACAACAUAAAGAAGAAUCUAAUGUAGAUGAUCUUGAUUAUACAUUUGAAGAUCGUCUUGAAGUAUUACUUCAACGAUUGAAAGAAUAUCAAACAAUCGAGCCUCGAUCAAAACAUGUCGCUAAUUUGAAAAAACAAAUAGCUCAAGUUCGUCGAACAAUAACCAAAAAUCUAUCAAAUUCAUCAUUAAAUAAUAAUAAUGAUGAAUCUAUUCUACAACGAACAACAUAUGAUGAAUCAAUGGAAACACUUUCAUCAUUAUCACCAAAUGUUUCAUCAUUAAACGUAACUAAAAAUCAAUCAGAAUUACUUGAUCUACAAUCCAUAUCUCAAAUUGAUAAAUCGAAACCAACAGAAUUAAAAAAUCAAUCAGAUGAAAGCAGUAGUGAAUAA